AUGGAACUAACUCACUUGGUUCAGACACAUAUAUUAGAGAUUCGUACCAUACCCGAAGCUUUACCUUACUUUGUGACCCCAAAAGUUGUGGAUGAAGAUUCACCACUUUUGCAACAGUUAACACAUUGGGCUGCUUGUUUAAUCACACAAGCUUUAGAGUAUUUCACACCAACAUACAAAGGCCACCCACGUGUGAUGGCUUAUAUUAUGAGGGUAUUAAAGGCAUAUCCUCCUUCCCGUGUAACCUUUUUCAUGCUACAUCUUAUUCAAGCUCUAAGAUAUGACGAUGAGAAAUUGGUUGAGGGAUACCUGAUUAGAGUUGCUCAAAGAAGUGAUGUGUUCUCUCAUAUUCUCAUUUGGCAUUUACAGAUCAAGUGGGGAAAGAAGGUGUGUCAGCGAAGAAUACAACCUUUUUGGGUCUACUGCCUCUUGUUAGACAACACAUCAUCGAUGGUUUCAGUCCAAAAGCUUGUGACAUAUAUCAAAGAGAGUGACGUCUAUAUCAGGUGUACUUUAUCCUCUUCCAAAAGAAGAAAGAAGAGUGGGCAUAAAGAGGUAGCUCCUUGUAAGAUUGUGAAGGGUAUUAAGGUGAAUAGUGGAAUACCAUUACAGUCGGCUGCAAAGGUCCCAAUUAUGAUCACGUUUGAUGUGGCUGAUCGAAAUGGCGUCCCUAAUGAUCUAAAACCGCAAGCUUGUAUUUUAAAGGUUGGAGAUGACUGCAGACAAGAUGUACUUGCUUUACGAGUGAUUUCGCUUCUGAAAGACAUAUUUGAAGCAGUUGGACUUGAUCUUUAUCUGUUUCCUUAUGGAGUACUUCCAACUGACCCUGAAAGAAGAAUAAUUGAGGUUGUUCAAAAGACAUGGAGUAGAAGCCAAAUGGGUGAAACGACAGAUGGUGAUUUAUAUAAAAUAUUUCAACAAGAUUUUGGGGCAGUGGGUUCUCCAAGUUUUGAAGCUGCCCGACAUAAUUUCAUCAUCAGUGGUGCUGGUUACGCUGUUGCAAGUCUCUUACUCCAACCAAAAGACACACACAAUGGAAAUCUUUCAUCAUCAUGGAAACAUGUAGAAAAAAGAGUCGACAUUGGUUGA